GAAGCCUGGAAGGAGGGGAAGGAUUGUUGAGACCCGGCAUCAAAGGACCAAGUUGUUAUAAUAAUUACAUUAUCAAAGGAUAGACAGAACCACUGAAGUUACAUCAAAGUUAAUUUUUACUUGCAAAUAUAACAAGGAUCAAAGUACACAAAUGACUAACCAUAGCCUCAAAUAGCCGCUUUUUUAAUCAAUGAUAUGCAGUUAUAAUACAGAGUCAAUGUCCUCAGUGGUUAUCUUCAGUCUGGGAGGGCAUGUAUGCCCUCAGGAACACAUCAUGCUCAGACAAGGACAAAACAGUGACUCCCAUGUUAUCUUUUGGGAGCAAGCAGUCUUUUGGUUUCUUAACAAUAUCCACACAACAGUUUAAUUUAACACAGAGAGAAAAGAGUAAUCAGUAUAAUAUUAUUCUAUGUAAACAGUUUAAUAAUAACAAAAGGAAAAGUUUGUAAAUCAUAAUUUUCCUAACGUGUCUAGUGUUGGAUGAAGCAAGAACAUGAACAGAGCAAAUGCUACAACAAGUGCUGCAACACUGGCCCAGUGAAACUCACCAAAGCACAGACACACACAAAAUGACACAGACACACCCAGAUAUACACAGGUAUAUAAGGGGGUUGACGGUGCACCUGAAGGCUGACCAUUACACAGGUGUUAGGUAGAGCCAUAAAGACAACAGGAGGAUGGAAGAAAAGGGAGCAGAGAAUGGAGUGGCGGCCAUGGCAGACUGCUACCAGGGAUUUGAUCCUGCAGUGUAUCUGCAGAAUAACUACACUCCACCACUGGCUGAUUUGGAAAGAAAGGACAGUCUUUUGUCGUGGAAUUUGGCAUGCCUACAUAGAGCUUUCACUGAAGGCAAUGUGAGUGGUGAGCUGCUGGUGGACAUAGGUUCUGGUCCCACCUUGUACCAGGUGAUGAGUGGCUGUGAGGUUUUCAACAAGGUGCUCCUCACAGAUUUCCUGGAGGUCAACAGGAAGGAGCUGAGGAGCUGGCUCCAGGAUGAGGGAGGCGGCAGCCUGGACUGGACACCAUUCCUGCAGCAUGUCUGCAAGCUGGAGGGACGACAGCCCUCAGCAUGGACAGAGAAGGCUGCCAGGCUACGUCAGGUCAUCAUGGACAUUGUCCCCAUUGACGUGCACCGCCCUCAGCCUCUGGCCCUUGACGUCCUUCCUUCAGCAGGGGCUGACUGUCUUGUGUCCUGCUACUGUUUGGAGAGUGCCAGCCCUGACCUGGCUGCCUUCACCAGGGCCCUGGGCCACAUUGGGAGGCUCCUGCGGCCCUGUGGCCACCUCCUGCUCUUCGGAACUCUGGGAAUGAGUUACUAUAUUGCGGGGCCUGACUUAAAGAUCCCUACGAUCCCACUGAAUGAGGCCCAGGUCUGUGCUAGUUUGAAGGAGAGCGGCUACACCCUGAUCAGACUGGAGGUUUACACAUUGCCUCAGGACACGAAUGUUUGGUUUGAUGACUCGUCUCGGAUGUUUUUUGUAAAAGCAAUGAAGGUGUAAUUGUGAGAAAACAGGAUAGAAAAUGGCUAUUAAAGAUGAAAGUGAGAAA